CUGUGUGACGCUUUCGCAGUAGCCACAGGACUCCGGGCUGAGGGCAGGAUGGCGCAGAACUUCUCAGAGUGUGAAAAGUUUCAGGUGGGCUUUCUGCCCGCCGUGUAUGGGGUUGAGUUUGUGGUGGCCCUGGCAGGAAACCUGUUCGCCCUGUGGCUGCUUCUGAUCAGGGAGAGGAGGAACUGGCACACCGGCGUCGUGCUCGCCUUCAACCUGGCCGUCAGCGACCUGAUCUACAUCCUCACCCUGCCUUUGCUGAUCGUCUACUACUCGCUGGGGAAGAACUGGAUGUUCGGUGAUGCCGCGUGCAAAAUCGAACGCUUUCUUUUCACCUGCAACCUGUACGUGAGCAUCUUCUUCAUCAUGGCGAUCAGCGUGAACCGAUGCGUGGGCCUCGUGUGGCCCUUUUUCGCACGAUCCCGCGUGGAGCCUUUCCACGUCAAGGCCAUCAGCUUUCUCAUAUGGCUGACUGUCGGAGUCAUCUCCUGCCCCGUGUUUAAAUUUGCCUCUGUUUGCAUCAAUAAGAACAACAAGACCCAGUUUGUGAAGCACAAAAAUGAGACACACGUCGGGCAUUUAUUUGGAAGUUCCGGAAGUCUGUCCCGCGUCGGCGCGGCUCGUGCUGGUCUCGAAGAAGCUAGGCUACCCGGGAGGAUGCCGUCGAUUGAAUACGACGACUCGAAGCCCAGUUGGGCUGACCAAGUCGAGGAAGAAGGAGAUGAAGGCACUCUACCACCUUCAAAGGAAACGAUUAAAGGCAACAUAAAAACAAUAACAGAGUAUAAAAUAGAUGAUGAUGGAAAGAAGUUCAAGAUUGUGCGGACCUUCAAAAUUGAGACCAGGAAAGCCUCCAAAGCUGUCGCGAGGAGAAAGAACUGGAAGAAAUUCGGCAAUUCUGAGUUUGAUGCCCCGGGUCCUAACGUCGCCACCACCACAGUCAGCGACGAUGUCUUCAUGACAUUCAUCUCCAGCAAAGAGGACCUGAACGCCCAAGACCAGGAUGAAGAUCCCAUGAACAAGUUGAAAGGACAGAAGAUUGUGUCUUGUCGUAUUUGCAAAGGCGACCAUUGGACCACCCGCUGUCCGUACAAGGACACCCUGGGCCCCAUGCAGAAGGAGCUGGCAGAGCAGCUUGGGCUUUCCACCGGAGACAAAGACAAGCCUGCUGGUUCUGCGGAACCAGAGCCUGUGCAGCCUGCGCAGAGCAAGACUGGGAAGUAUGUCCCUCCAAGCCUGAGGGAUGGUGGCACGCGGAGGGGAGAGUCCAUGCAGCCCAACCGCAGAGGUGAGGCUGAUGACAAUGCCACCAUUCGUGUGACCAACUUGUCUGAGGACACCCGUGAGACAGAUUUGCAGGAGCUCUUCAGACCGUUUGGCUCCAUCUCGAGGAUCUAUCUGGCCAAGGAUAAGAACACGGGACAGUCAAAGGGAUUUGCCUUCAUCAGCUUCCACCGUCGGGAGGACGCGGCCAGAGCCAUCGCAGGAGUAUCAGGAUUUGGUUAUGAUCAUCUUAUUCUCAACGUUGAAUGGGCCAAACCAUCAAACAACUGAGGAACUCAUCAAAAAAUUCCCCAAGAAGAUGCCAGACUUUACCGUAAUAAAAUGUGGCUGUUCAAUAAAAUAAAAAGAAUAAUUUCCUUGUUUCUCAGAUUUCUUCUGCAGGCAUUUUAUCCUAAUA